UUCAUGUGUCUUGGGAUUUUCGCACUGAGACCUGCAGCAACAAUAUCUAGGCCAGCUCUUCAUUUCCCUGGAGCUAGUAAAGCGGUGGUGGCCACGUCCUUCUGCCCCGUCAAGUUUGCUCUCGAGGGAAACACUGAGAACCGCGUUUUCAAUCUACCGCACCGGCUUGUCUUUGCUAUAGCGACACUCAACUCUGUUGCUAUCUAUAACACGCAGAUGCUCAACCCGACAGCCUUUCUAGGAGGCAUUCACUACCGUGCCAUCACCGAUCUUGCCUGGUCUUAUGACGCCAAGUUCCUGGUUGUCUCGUCACAGGAUGGCUACUGCACUGUGGUGGAGUUCGAGGAAGGGGAGCUUGGGCGGGCCGUGACAGGCAAGGCGGUGGGGGAAGGAGCGCUUUCGCAAGGCCAAGGGCCAUUUAUAACAUGAACAUGACAAGAGGACCAAGCAGCAGGCGACAGCAGUGGGUGUGUGGAGUUUUUUAAUCUUUACUUUAUCUUCUAUAGCGUUUUUUUGCACUGGAUUCGCGAGGAGCAGUGUGAGCGCGAUGGCAUCAGUCACGUGGCGCUGCGCCCUGCAUGGCAUGCAUGUAUGCAUGCAUGGACGAUUCAGCUUCCGGCGCGAUGAAGAACUUCGUCGCGGGUCGCGGAGAGAUAAAAUAAAAUAUAAAGCUCUCUAUAGAGAUGAUCUCGAA